UCAAAUUAUAUUUUACAGUCUUUGUGAUAUCAGCAAAUAUUAUAUAAUUGUCUAAAUAAUCAAUAUAUCGUAUCGUAAACACCUAAUAAUAACCAACGAUUAAAACCUUAAAGCUAUACUUCAAAUUAAAAGCAAAAUAGUCAAAAAAUAUGUCUUUCAAUUUCUUUAUGGAUCGAAACAAGGGGAAGUGAAGGAAACAUGAGGAAACUGUGGUCAAAACAUCAGGCAGAUCGACUUAUAUGGGCUGUGAAUCCAGUGUGUGUGUGUGUGUGUGUGUGUGUCAGGGGGUGGGGGCAGGCUAGUUGUGUGUGUGUGUGUGUGUGUAUGUAUGUGUGUGUGUGUGUGUGUGUGUGUGUGUGAGCGUUGGGUAACUGCAGCAGCAGCAGCAGCAGAGCAGCUCGGUGUUUCGCCGCGGAAAGGACGACUCAGAGGAUAUUUGUGGUCUCUGGGAAACAAGAGCAGCUGGAGGAUAAUCAAAGAGUCUGCAUCUGCUCGCUGCUGAGCCUGAAGACACACACUACCCACGCUGAGAUUUUGUGCCUCCAAUAAACUGAGUGCAAUCGAGGCUGUGCUUGCACCCGGAUCUGUGUGUUAAACAUGGGGGACCAGAGAUCAGUGCAGCCCCUGCUGCCCCUGCUCCUGCUCCUGAUGCUGCUGGCCAGGCUCUCACAGCUGUGGGCCUUCCCCUUCAGCCCGUCCCUGGACCUGGACGUCACUCCCAGGACCACCAUCUUCUCCAAAGGUCUGUUGGGCGGCUCCAGUUUCAGCGGCUCCUCUGGAAACUACAGCACCCUGCUGCUGGAGGAGGAGGCCGGGCUGCUGUACGUGGGGGGUCGAGGAGCGCUGCACGCCCUCAACACCACCAACAUCUCCGCGACCGCAAACCUGACGAUUGAUUGGGAUGCUUCCCCUGAACAGAAGAAGCAGUGUCUAAACAAAGGCAGAGACAAUCAGACAGAGUGUUACAAUCACAUCCGCUUUCUGCAGAGAUUCAAUGAGACUCACCUGUAUGUCUGUGGAACAAACGCUUUCAGACCUCUUUGUGCUUAUAUUGACGUAGAGCGCUUCAGCUUCUCCUCCGGCUUCGAGGAGGGCAGAGACAGAUGUCCCUAUGACCCAGCUAAGGGCUACACCGGCCUCCUCGUAGACGGCGAGAUGUUCACGGCCUCUCAGUACGAGUUCCGCAGCUCUCCAGACGUGCGCAGAAACUUCCCGUUCCCGACGCUGCGCACGGAGGAGGCCCCGACCCGCUGGCUGCUGGAGGCAGACUUUGUGGGCUCCGUGCUGCUGAAGGAAAGCAUCAACAGCUCCAUCGGCGACGACGACAAGAUUUACUUCUUCUUCACGGAGCGGAGCCAGGAGCAGAUUGUUUACCCGAGCCAGACCAAAGUGUCCCGGGUGGCCCGAGUCUGCAAGAAUGACUGGGGAGGCCAGAGGACCCUGCAGAGGAAGUGGACCUCCUUCCUCAAGGCCAGGAUGGUGUGUUCAGUCCCAGAAUACGAGCUGCACCUGAACAUCCUGCGCAGUGUGUUCGUGCUGCAGGGCCGAGACGCUCAAAGCAGCAUCUUCUACGGCGUCUUUGGCCUCGAAUGGAAGAAUAUCAAAGCUUCUGCUAUCUGCCAGUACGCCUUCGCAGACGUGCAGAAGGCUUUCGAGGGGCCGUACAUGGAGGUGCAGGACUCAAAGUGGAGGGAGUACACGGGGAAAGUUCCAGAGCCGAGACCUGGAUCUUGCAUCACAGACGUGCACAGGUCUCAGGGCAUCAACUCGUCCCGGGACCUCCCAGACAACGUGCUCACCUUCGCCAGGAGGCACCCGCUGAUGGCCAGCCAGGUGCACCCCAUCGGUGUUCGCCCGCUCAUGUUCAAGAGGAGCGUCAACUACGUGAAGAUCGUCGUGCACAAGGAGCCGGCGCUGGACGGGAACAUUUACACCGUUCUGUUUUUAGGAACUGAUGACGGCUGGCUGCACAGAGCCGUGGACAUCGACGGAGAGAUGCACAUCAUAGAAGAGCUGCAGCUGUUUGAGAAACCGCAGCCCAUAGAGAGCAUGGUCAUCUCCUCCACACUGCGGAGUGUGUACGUGGGCUCUCACUCCGGAGUCGUGCAGGUCCCGAUGUCGGCCUGUCAGAGGUACACGUCCUGCUACGACUGCGUGUUCGCCAGGGACCCCUUCUGUGGCUGGGACGGGAAGCUGUGUGUGGAAAUCUCCUCACGUACACAGAGGGCGAACCUGACCCAGGACAUCAUCAGAGGGAUCAGAGGCUGCAAGGAGAACUCAGGAAACGUGGUCCAUCGGAGGCGUUCUGUGAUGUCGGGAGACGACGUGCUUCUCCAGUGCGAGCUGCGUUCAAACCUGGCGACUCCGCGCUGGACGCUAAACGGCAAAGAGCUCCAGGGAUACGGCCUCAAUUCAGGCUACCGCAUCGGCACAGACGGCCUCCUCAUCAUCGGAGCUCGCUCCCAGCAGAGCGGCUCUUAUCGCUGCUUCGCUGUGGAGAACUCUGUCUCCGUGCUGGUUUAUCUCUACACCGUGAGGGUGCACACGGACGCGUACUUCCCCGUGGAGCCCACCGCCACCACCAACCCCACCACCGUCUCCAGCCCUACUGUCUUCACCACCAGCAGCCCCACAGAGCAGCCUCUGCCCUCGCCUCCCGCCCCGCUGCCCCCUGGAGCCGAGUUCCAGACCUACAGACACAUGGAGGCCGUGUACAUCUCCCUGGUGGCGGUCCUCGGGGGGCUCUGCCUGGUGCUGACUGUGGUGCUGCUCUACGUCAGCUUCUGCACCAGGCGGGACUCUCGGGAGCGGAAGUUCUCCCAGCAGGGCCUGCAGGUCCUGGGGGCCUCUGAGAGAAAGAGGAGCUCCCAUCUUGAACUCAAAACCAUCUCCAGCCACUGCAACGGCCGGCAGGGUCGCCGCUCCAUCUCCAUGACGACCUUCGGGGACAUCGGCGAUGGUUUCCUGCAGAUAGUUCCAGGCGAGGGGCAGUUUUCUCCAUGCAAAACACCUCCCCCGGCACCUCCUCUUCCCAUGCCGCCUCCGCUGCCCAACAUGGACUACGCCAACGGGCUGUCGGCGACUCUGCCCAGCGUGCUGAGGAAGAUGAACGGGAACAGCUACGUGCUGCUGCGGCAGGCCGACCACGACGGCAUGUCGCCGCUCUACCACUCCUUCACAGAGGAGCUGAACAGGAUCCUGGAGCAGAGGAAACACACACAGCUGGACCUGCAGCCUGACGAGAGCUCCAUCUAGGGCGCCCCCUCUCAGUCUUUGUUGCACAGUUAUUUAUUUUUACCCCCGACGGCGACCCGUAGCUGCGGGGACUGUUGUAUCAAGCUGCUGUUAUCCACCCAGUGUCAGAGAACCUGCAGGUCGUGUCCUCACCUGAUCUGAAAUGUGCAGCCUCCUGCGUCUCACGUGACAAACGGCCCAUGAUUUCACUUCAACAUUGGACUACGCUGACCAGAGAUUUCUAAUCACAAAAAGGGAACUGUGAAAAAUGUUGCACAGUAACAGAAAUGACCGCGAGCGGAGCGGGGAGCUUAUUGAUGCUGCCUCGGCCGAGACUCUCUGGAGGCUCGUGAGGAAUGGAGUCAGAUGACCACAGAAAGGUGCAAACUGGGACACAUAAUGAAUCAGGCCAGGAGGUGAUGACGCGUUAAUGAGACUGUGGAAGAGUUCAGGAAGCUUAUAGUGCCAUGUAACGUUAAAGUGAUACUCCACUCAAAUCUGUUGUAUUUCAAGCUGCUGUGGGGAAACAUUUCACAUAACAUGCCCCAAAUCUGAGAGCCUUUCCCUUUGUGUUGCAAGAUUGAAAUGCUCCUUCUUCUGUGAUGGUGAUAGAAGCUGUUUCAGCUGCACACAGCCAGGCUGAAGUUGCCCUGCAGCCUAUUUGACCUGUUUGGCUGAGCUGCCCCUCUGGAGGAAAGAACUUUUAUAGCUGGUACCAUUUUUAUGGUAUUUUUUUCUGUUGUGGUUGCAUAAAGAAGCCUAUAAUUGCUGACGUUAGACCAAAUUAGUUCAUGCCAUCUCAUCUUAAUGAUGAGAGGAGGAUGAUUUAGAUUCUUAAAAAGAAACAAAGUGAUGCAAAUCGUUGCCCCAUGCUGUGGCCGCUGUCAUGUUGCAUCCAAAUUAGAUGAUGUUUCCGUUUCAGGGCUCCUGGUGAGUCGUUCCAGGUGGUGGAAAUUAUUAAAACUAGUGGUAAAACCACUUGGAUACCAUGUAAAUAAGAAUCUCCACAUAUCCUCCGAACAGUGUUUGUCAAAGCUUGUCACGUUUGCAUCAUAUCAUGCAAAAAUUGCCUCAUUAUGCAGUUAAAAUAACCAGUAAUGUCCUUUUUCAGAUUAAAGCAACAGCCAAAAUGUCUGUCAGAUCAGGGUUUGUUUAUGGUAAAAAAAUGCAUCUGUGACUCAUUUCUCCCUCCUCCUACAAAUGCACUAAUCUACCAAACUAAAGGACUAUUCAAAGACUUAUCAUGCGUUUCUUUAACAAACUUAAGUAUCCAACAUAUAUGAUAAUGUUGAAGGCAUAUCAUGUUUUACAACACCUUUUUUCCACAUUAAAAACAUGUAAAAUAGAAAUAUAACUGCACAUUUUAUUCAGUUAAUUGUUUAUUUUGGGGGUGUUUCGAUGUACCAAUAUUGACGAUAACUGUAAAGAAUUAAAGAUUGACUUCAUAUAUUAUAAUAUAAUGUAAGUACAUGCACCUCUUGAGUCAUUUCUGUUAACUUUUAUUGUUCUAUUUGUGAUUACAGACACUCUUCACCUCCAUACAAUCGUAUUUUACGUGAAAUUAAUUUAACAAAAGAGACAAAAAUGCAAAAUAAACAAAGUUAAAACAAAAAGAAUUUGACUGAUAGCAUUUUUUCCCUCUAAUUUUCUAUAGAUAAUACCAUAAUAUCGUUAUCGUGAAUUCUUUUGGCCAUGAUAAUAAGUCUAUUUUAAUCUUAAAAACAUCAGAUAAUGGUGAAAAAAAACCCAGAGGGGCAUUUCCAAAUUGGUAAUAUUUUGAUGAACAGCAAAAAUCCCCAAAAUAUCCAAUUUCAAAUUAAAUCAAACACACACACAAAUAAUCAAAUCCUCAUAUUUGUGUUGGGAUUUUUUGCUUCAUAACUGAAGAAAAUCUGACUACAAGCUUCUGUUCCUCAAGAAGUCCUUGUUUUACUCCCCCUGUUUGCUGCUCAAAAGAUGAAUUUUAUGUGGAGUAUCACUUUAAGAAGCCGUUACAGCACAAGAGCUCAGGUGGUAAAACAAAUCAUACAUUUAAACUGAUUUAAACCACUCUCUCUUCAUCUCCCCCCCCCGUACUCGUUGUAAAUUAAUGCAAUAAUCACGUCAGUGUUGCAGCUGUUUGUAGCAGUUUUCGUCGUGUCGCUGCCAGUGGAAACACCUGUAGGAAACGUUCUGUUUUUAGCAUCUGUGUGUGUGAGACGCAGCUUGAGCAGUCGAUUAAAGACCAUUAGAGGUGCAGUCACUUUGUGGUCAGACUGAUUGAAUUCAUCGAGGACCACAUACUGGCUGCAGGGCCACGACACACACUGAACACACUGCUGUGGAGAAAAACGCUUAUAUUUGCUGCUAGACAUACAUACUGAUUUGUUUUUCUAUGAUCAUUCAUUUUUCCUGAUACUUCAGAUUCAUGCUGGAUUCUUUUUAAAAAAUUGUGCUUCAAACAAACUGGUGUUCAUCCUUUUUUAAAUUUGUCCUUGUCUGUGCAAAAAAAAAAACCUGCAGGUGGCAUGUGGUUGAAUCAGACCUUCACACAUGCAGCCCACAAAGGCAACCUCAGUGUUUACCUGACAUGAGAGCAAGGCCUAAACAACCAGAACAGCAGCUCCCACAGUAUUUCUUUGGCAAGGUGACCAGGAUUAAAACAGCACAUGUAUAACUUACAGGGACUGAAAUGAAUCUCUGAGUAGUUUGUAAACGUGUCACGGCCGGUGUUAAAUAAAAAUCUAUCUCUCCUGCAAAGUGUUGAAUCAGCUCUCAGCAGCGGCGGCGCCUCCACGGUGACUUCAUCUGUCAGAGCGCGGUGACAGUAACAGCGGUACUUGGCUCGCCUCCACAAAGAGAGGAUGAUGGGGGCUGCGUGUCUGUUUGCUCUGUCGUCUCUGCAGGUAGAGGCAGACAGGAAACAUUUGACCCGAGUGUCCUGGUUAGCCGUGCAGUGAACAGAUGAUGGUGCAGGGAGGCAGGAGCUGUUUCGCACAUGCAGGUUUUCAGUCGAGGAAAGUAGAGACUGAUGAAUAGAAAUCUGUCUGACUAAACUAAUCAGUAUGACUCAAACGAAGGGCUUGCCUGUUUGCAUCUGAGACUUUCAGUCAAUUUCAGUCUUUGCACAACAAACUAUCACUUUUUAUGUGUACAGUUUUAAGCAUACUGACACUUUAAUCCCAAUACUCUGUUUACUGUUUUUCUUUAAAAAUCUGGCCAUCCAUCUGUGAAGUCAUGCAAAGAAUUUUGUGCAAAUCUUUAUGCAUUGCAAUUUUUUGUGCAGUUUUGUGCAUUUCUUCUGUAUUGCAUUUUUUGUGCAUUGCCAUUUUUUGUGCAUUGCCAUUUUUGUGCAAUUUUUUGUGCAGUGCCAUUUUUGUGCAAUUUUUAGCAUUUUUUUGGUGUACUGCAAUUUUUGUGCAUUGCAAAACUACCAGGUUAGGUUUAAGAAAAGAUAGUUGUUUUGGUAAAAAAAAAUGUGUGUCCGUUACCUACAGAGAUGUAACAAAAGUAAGCUAAAGUAGAUCAACGUUGACUUUUGUUCCACAGGUUAAACACGGGACACAAUUGUAUGGACAGAUUAGUUCUUAAGUGGCUUGUAAAAGAGAUUCAGGAGAGCUCACUGAUUCACCGAUUUCCUCGUGUUUUGAAUUUCUCUGAGGCAUUUUACAAGUAAUCCAGACCUGUUGCAGGUCUUCAACCAUGUUUCAUUACUUUGAAACAAUUUGUGAGAUUGCAAAUCUUUUAUUCAUUACAAAUUAUAAAGUGAGAAAAAGUUAUGAAUAUGACAGAAUAUGAAAAUGUUCUUGCAUGUUCUCAUGGGUGAACUGUCCUCUGGACAGAGGGAGCUAUAGAGCUUUUGGUUGUCUAGAAAGGAUCCAUCUAUAAUGAAUGUUUUCUGCGAGACUCUGGCUUUUUACAAUUCACUUUAAAUCAAUCCAGAGAUGGAAAACAUGUUGAAGAGCAUCCUUUGCUUAAUUAAAAGUUUAUCAGACCGCAAAUUAAACAACAAUUAGUAAGCUGGUGCACCCCGCGGCCCCUCAACUGGCCCUUCGACCCGACCAGAACAGCUGCUGGUACAAAUGGACGUGUUGGCACUAGCUGCUAUGCACGCUUUAAACCCUUUCAAGUGUUUCCUUGUCCUCAUCUUCAUUCAUUGCCUCUGUCCCUCUCCGCUGCCUCUUCCCCAUCUCAUCACCUCUUUAUGACAGUGUCAUCUAUAAUUCUCUCUGCUCACAUUCACACACACACACACACACACACACACACACACACACACUCUCUCUCUCUUUCUUUCCCUGCUGAGUUUACAAAUGGCCUCUAAUCAAUUACAACCAUUUUGCAAAGAUCCCUGGAGUUUGUGUUUUUGUGAAACCACCGCAUUUUCUGCAUUAGUUAAACAUUACUGUAGAUUUCUAGCUGAUAUUUUUAGUUGUAGAGAAGGUUUUUCUUGCACACAUUUCCCAUAAGAAUCAUUUAAAUUUGUGCUAACAUGCUCAGAAAGGUUUAUUAAAUGAAGGUUCAUUCACAAGUGUUUCAUUGAAUUUAUUUAAACCUAAGUUGUAAAGGAAUGUUUGUAAAAAUGAUUCUCCUGAGUUCAACACGUGACUGUAAAAGCUUCCAUAAUAAUCAAGUUGUGGACAAUCCUUCAACCUUUGCUGCUGCUUCAUUCUCACUUAUUAAGGACAAUCUGUUUACAUUAGGCGCUCUGCACUGCAUAACUACACUAUGGACUUUAGAAAUAGCUAGAAACCAGUUUUACAUUCACCUUGUUUCUGUACACAGCGAAGCAUUUACAUCCACCAUAUGCAAGAUAUUUCAUGUAGAUUAUUUCUCUCUAAGUGUUGGCCAAAGAAAGUUCUUGGAGUUCACAAUUUGCACUGUUCUUUUGUAAAAAGUUGUGUUAAAUAUUCUUGUAAACUGUGACUCUUUCCAUCGAGAUAAUGACUUUUGUGGUUUUUCUGGCUGAAGUGAUAUGUUUGCUUCUUGUAAGAUAAUGUAACCACCCAAGGAGUUUUCUUUUCUAUUGUCUCCCAUGUCUUAUUUAUUUGAGUUCAAUAAAUUUCCACUUGUUUUUGUGCAGAUAAA